AGAGCAGAUGGUCGUCCGUUUAAGGCAGAUGGUUGUCUAGAGGUGGUCGUUGGGACCAGAUGGUCGUCCACUUUGAGUAGAUGGUCGUCCAGAGGUUUCCGUUGGGGGCAGAUGGUCGUCCACCCUAGCCAGACGGUCGUCCAUAGGCGACUGUUAGGGGCAGACGGUCGUCCGCCCCUGUUUUUUUGGCCUAUAAAUUUGGGCGCCCCAAAUGGCUCAUGA